AUGAAUGAAGCAGCUGCAGCGAAAUUACGUUAUCAACAAGGAAAUGAAAAGGGAGUGAUUUCUUCUUGUAGUAACGGAACAGAACAUUGCAUUUCUCAACUAAGCAAACAACAAGCCAUGAAAUUACAACAGUUCCGAGGUGCCCUUCGAGAUGUCCUUCAGCCACACAAUGACGACGAUGAUUUAUUGCGAUGGCUCAGAGCUCGGAAUUUUGACCUGAAGAAAUCAGAAGCCAUGUUCCGGAAGAAUCUUCUAUGGCGCCAAGAAAUUGGAGCUGACACAAUUCUUGAGAAUUACACUGACCCAGAAGUUAUCCAGAAAUACUAUACUGGUGGAAGUAUAGGCUUUGACAAAACGGGGUGCCCAAUUUGGUAUGAUCCAAUUGGCAAUAUUGACAUGCAGGGUCUGUUACGAUCUGCAAAGCGGUCAGCCAUGGUGAAGAACAAAGUGGGUAUGAUGGAAAGAAUGAACAAGCUCUUCAAGGAAUGCUCCAAAAAGAAUGGGAAGAAGAUUAACCAAUUAAUAUGUAUAAUGGACCUAAAAAACCUUGGACGUAAACACCUGUGGAAACCAGGGAUUGAUGUAUUUGUUGAAAUGAUUUGCAUGUUUGAGGAUCACUACCCAGAAACUCUGAAACAAUGCUUCAUCAUUAAUGCUGCAUCAGUGUUUCCAAUUUUGUUCAACAUUACAAAGCCUUUCCUUAGUUCAGAAACAAAGAAGAAAAUCCACAUUCUUGGUGUCAAUUAUUUACUAACUUUACUAGAAUACAUUGAUGCUGAUCAACUGAUUGCCCAUUAUGGCGGGAAACUUUAUGAUGAAAACAAUGAUCCAAAAUGUUCUUCUCAUAUAUGCUAUGGAGGUGCUGUACCAAAAGAGUAUUUCAAGACUUCUGAUAAAGAUGACAUUGAGAACUUUACAGAAGUGACGAUUAAAAGAGGAUCUUCUGUUGAAAUAAGCGCAGACAUCACAGUACCUGGCAGUUUGUUGUCGUGGCAGUUUACAACUGCAAAUUGUGAUAUCAAUUUUGGAAUAUUCAAGAAAAAAGUCUACAGCAUUACGAAACAAUCAGAAAUGACUGUUGUGGUUCCCAGUCAAAGAGUUAACAGUCAUUUGGUACCUGAAGAUGGCAGCAUUUUGUGUGAAGAACCAGGAAUUUACAUAUUCCAGUUCGAUAACAAUUACAGUUGGCUACGCUGUAAACACGUCUUCUAUAGAAUUACCAUCAUCAAACCAGAUAUUGACAACCACAUUAGUGAAGAUAUCAUCCUUGACUGA